GCCGCCUGCCCCUUGACCCCCUGCUUCAGCCGCGCCGCCUGACAGACGGCACGCUCAGCAACAGCCUCAACGCCUGGGGCGUCGCGGCGGCGUCGCCGUCCUACGUCGGCGCAGCUGCCCUGCAGCUGCCGCCGCCGGCCUCGCCGCCCGCGCUGACGCCCGCCGCCAGCGGCGGCGCGGCGGCGCUCGGGUGGGCGCCGGCAUCCCCCAACGGCAGCGGCAGGCUGGGGACGAGCGGCGGACGAAGUGGCAACGGCGGCAGCGGCAGCAGCAGGGCAGCGCAGCCCUCUGGUUUCCCCGCAUCCUCUGAUGGCGGGCUGCUGCCCCGCAUCAAAACCCCGGACGCCGCAGCCAGCAACACGGUCGGGCCCGUCAGCGGCCCCCCAAGCAGCAGGGGCGGCGGCUCGGGGCCGGCCGCGGGGGCCGCGGUCAGGGUUGCCGGCCCCGGCCCUGCAUCGGGGCGGCGGCUGCCGUCUGCGGGCGGGGGCGCGGGGGGCACCUCAAGGGCAUCGCGCGCAGGGGCAGGCUUGCUGCAGGCCGAGCCGAGCGGCAGGAGCGACGUCGGCGGCGCGGGGAUGCAGCGCUCGGUCAAGUCUGUGGCGUUUCGCGACCCCUUUUUGUAA